UAAAUGGAUUAGAAGGCCUGUGCAUUUUGUUAAAAAGAUUAUCAUAUCCUUGUCGUUACAGUGAUAUGAUACAACGCUUUGCGUACCCUGUUCCUGUUCUGAGCAUGGUAACAAAUGAAGUACUAAAUUUUCUUUACGAGACUCAUGGUCAUAGAAUAUUGCAGUGGAACGAUUUACUUCUUAAUCCAGCAGCACUCGAAGAUUAUGCUCAUGCGAUAUUUAACAAAGGAGCGCCCUUAAGGAACUGCUUCGGAUUCAUAGAUGGCACGAUUAGACCAAUUUGUCGUCCUGGUGAAAAUCAGCGUUUUGUUUUUAAUGGGCAUAAACGACUACAUUCGCUAAAAUUCCAGUCAGUUGCGAUUCCUAAUGGACUGAUUGCAAACAUGUACGGUCCUGUAGAGGGAAAAAAGCAUGAUUCUGGAAUGCUGACAGAUUCAGGUCUAAUGGCAGAACUGGAAGGAAGGGCAUAUUCAACUGAUGGACAAGCCAUGUGUCUCUACGGUGACCCUGCUUAUCCAUUAAGGGUACACCUUCAAGCACCUUACCGUGGAGCCCAAUUAACAGAGCAAAUGAAAUUUUUCAACAAAUCAAUGAGUGCUACAAGAGUCUCAGUUGAAUGGUUGUUUGGAGACAUCGUUAAUUACUUCAAGUUUGUUGACUUCAAAAGAAAUUUGAAAAUAAGACUUAGCAGUGUGGGGAAAAUGUACUUAGUAUGUGCUUUGCUGCAUAAUUCACAUACUUGCUUGUAUGGUAACCUGACUUCAGAAUUUUUUGGAGUUGCUCCACCAACACUUCAGCAAUAUUUUGGUUAAUUGAAGAACUGUGCAACAAUGUAUAAUUUGGAACAAAUAAACAUAAUUUACAAACUAUAGAACUUUAAAUAGAAACAGUGGUGUAAUCAGCAUGAUAAAUUAAACCUGCUAUGCUAGGAUAAUAUUUUGGUGUGCAUUAUUUUGAAAACAAUCAAUUUCUGAAUCUAUCUUAACAUUUGCAUAAAGGGACUGAACCUUCAGGCUGGCUACACCACUUAAUUGAAACUGUUAAACUAUUGUGUAACACCUGCCUGUUUCAUUGUAAUAUAAAAAAGUUAUAAUUUAAACUCAAACAAACAUAGUUUGAUCCCCCACCCUUCCGAAGAGAGGGAUAAACAGUUCUAAAAAACAAGAAUGAGGGGGUGUGUCUUUUGCACAAUAAUAUUUUGUUAACUUUUUUGCAUGCUACAACUAUUAAAUGAGUUCAACUAUAUUAUUAAUCAAUUCUGCAGUAGUCACAAGUUUUCUAAAAAAGUUUUCAAAAGUAGAAGAUGGAAAGUUAAAAAAAAAGAAGGGGGAGGGUAAAACCUUUCUGAACAAUGUUUAAUUUAUGUGAUUUUGAACAAGAACUAUGAACUAAAUCAACUA